UUCCAUCCCUUCUCUCCAACUACCUCCUUCCCUCCUCCAUCUCGACACCUCCUCCUCGUCUCCGGCCGCCGCUUCCCCCUCGCCGCCGGCGCCUCCUCGAGACCGUCGAGAUCGAGAUAGAGAGAGAGUGAUGGGGUGGGCGACGCGGUUCCUGGCGGCGGUCUGCUUCUUCGCGGCGGGCGUCGUCUUCGCCCCCGACGUCCUCCUCGGCGCCCGCUCCGGCUCCGGCUCCGGCGGCGGCGCCGCCGCGGCCGCCAAGGUGGCCCACCUCCUCUGCUUCGCCACCUCAUGGGGCGCCGCCCUCUGGGCCACCUUCAUCGGCGGCAUCAUCAUGUUCAAGAAUCUGCCGAGGCACCAGUUCGGGAACCUGCAGGGGAAGUUGUUCCCGGCCUACUUCAUGCUCAUCUCCGCCUGCGCCGCCGUCUCCGUCGCCGCCUUCGCCUACCUCCACCCGUGGAAGACGGCGUCCACCGUCGAGCGCUACCAGCUCGGCUUCCUCCUCGCCGCCCUUGGCUUCGACCUCUCCAACCUGCUCGUGUUCACCCCCAUGACCAUCGAGAUGAUGAAGAAGAGGCACAAGAUUGAGAGGGACCUGAGCAUUGGUGAGGAGGUUGGGUGGUCGAAGAAUGUUCAGGUGGCAAAAAACAACCCUACCCUUGCCGCAAUCAACAAGAAGUUUGGGAUGAUCCACGGGCUCUCGUCUUUGGCCAACAUCAUGUCAUUCGGCAGCCUAGCCAUGCAUUCCUGGUACCUUGCUAGCAAGCUUGAGAUGUGAAGUGAACAAACACCCUUGACCAACAUUCAGUUGAAUCAGAUCUGAUUGCAUCACAAUAUUAAUGUGGCAAAGCCUCAUUUGGAGAGCUUGCAAAUAUAUUUACGUGUACAAUGAUUCGACUCGAGAUUAGUUGUACUUAAAAUAAUGUACAGAAUCCACGCAUUUCUCGCCAGUUUAUUAUAAGUUCAUGAACCAAAACUAUUCAACCCUA